GAGCUUGAACCGAGAUCGAUAGUGUUCAACUUCACUUUGCUCCUGGUGUUUGCCAUCUGCUAACAUCACAAUCGUAGCACUAGCAUUUCUGCAUCAUUCCUGAGUCUUCACUCAUUAAGUACCUUCGUACUACAGUUACUUACUGUUGUAAAAUAAAAUUGUGUUCCAAUAUGGAGAAUGGUUCUGCGGCUGAACAUUUCGGAGGCAAAAAAAUGACUCCUAUAUUUGCGAAAAAUGGCGUUCUGUCGGGCUGGCUGGAACACUACUGUUUGGUGUGCGACGAACUGUUCAAGACUGAAGAGGAGACUCUUGUUCACAUCUUCAGUUCUCUGCACAAGAGCAAGUUGAACAAGUGCGGCUAUUUAGAAAAAUAUAAAGGACAUUUCAUUAGGAAGGUAAAUGGUAUUUAUUUCUGCGAGCCUUGUAGUUUGACGUUCCCAGUGGCUACGAAGGUGGAUCUACAUAUAAAUGAACUGACUCAUCUGGAUGCGAGGUCUGCUAGUAUUGCUACUCCAAGACGCAUAGACGCCAAUACACUGGCAUAUGACCGGUUCAUUAUAUCAGAUGAUGCUUGGAACGGUUGCUUGAAGGACUCCUGCGUUCUAUGCAGCAUUGAGUUUGAAGAAUCGGAUCCCCAGGCCCACAAGAGGGCUCACAAGAUAUCGCGCGACCACGUUCUGAAUUUACUCAGAAGUGUAGUGAUUAGAAGUUCAUCGCUUUCUGAAGAACAAAACAUUGCACUCUACAGGAAGAUCGACGCUAAAACGAAUCAUUGUCUUACUUGCAAUGAAAUCAUUAGACUCGACAUAAGUAGUCAUGUUGAGGACGUCAAGCAUAAAAAAGCCGUUAAACUUAGCGAAGAAAAUAAGGGCGUGCAAGUUAAAGCAGAUACUUCACUAAACAAUGGUGAUGCUUCUAAAUCUCUCCACAACAUGAAUAACGACAGAGGAGACAAAGGUAUCAACAAAAUUCACCUUGGAGGCACUGUUAACGGAGACACUAAGAAACACGUUGAUAAAGUAAAAGAUGGUAUAAAGGCGUCAGCAGCUGCGGACGAAAACGACACCUACUUCAAAAACAUUGAUAUUCGAAACUACAUCACUGACUACAAAGGCAAAAAGUGGUGUGUCUUAUGUGAUUGUGUUCUAACAAACUGCCAACCUGAGGAACAUCUUCGUUCAGAACACCAUAACACUCUAAUGAGACUGCACAAGGGAAAGAUAGAAAACGUUCAAAAGGCCAACAGAAGCGCAAAUACAAAUAUGGAUGAUAAUGUGGAUAGAUAUCAAGAAAACAACAUUAAUAUGAACUUGAUUAAUGAGACUGCAUUUUGUAAGAAAUGUUCGAAGAAUAUUGAUUUUGACACCGACUCUAUUGAUAAGCAUAUUGAGGAACAUAAGACUGCUAUGAAAAAACCAAAAAUCAAUGUUCCGUUUCUAUCAGGAAUGAAGUCGAGCGGUUCGGAGCGGACUACCUUGUUUACUAACCCAGUCUUGUUGACCAGCGCCGAAACUAAGACUGACAAGCCUGAGCCUAAAGUAACAAAGCUACAGGAGUUCGCAAAGACUCACGGGUUCACUCGUAAUUCUGCCGAUAACAGCUAUUAUUGUCACGCGUGCGACCGUCGACUCGCUAACGAUAUGGUGAAACUACACGUCGAAAAUAAGACUCAUAUUGAGAAUAUUACAAAGAAAACAUCUAGAACUUAUGAAAAAGCAGUCACAAAGCAACCUCUUCUUGAAGUAGUAACAGUAGGCGAAUUAUUUGAUAAUAACGUAGAAAAAGAACUGAUUUUAAUCAUCAACGACAAAUAUUGGUUGAACGCUUUUGGUUUCUUCUUGCUUGCUGAGUUUCGGCGAAAAGUCUUCUGCCAAGCCUGCAAUAUAGAUAUUCCAGUAGAAAAUAUUGUGGAACAUAUAAUAAAGGAUGAGCACAGAGAUGCUGUGGAAAAUUGCCUCGUGGUAACUUCUAUGGAGGACGAAUUUAUUAGAGAGAUAAAGUUGAAUAAGUAUCACUGCGGCUACUGUAAUAUUGUAGAAGAAGAUUGGGACGACAUGGUAGACCAUGUCAACUUGCCUGAGCAUAAAUCUGAGAAACUCAAAGCAGAGGAGAAACUUCGUAGAUACGCAAAACAUCAUCGCAUUAGAGAAGUGAUCACGAUGGAACAAGACGAAAACGACCAAUUAAUGAAAGCAUUUCUAAGGAAGAUGAAUGGAUUACUACUCGUCACUAGACACACUGAGUGAUAUCUCACUCAAUACUGAUUUACAGGCAAAAUUAGAUUAGAUUACGAAACUCUUUAUUGUACACUAUAAGAACAAAACGGACAAACGUUCAGAAAUUGAUUGUAAAAUGGGGAAAUUAAUAACAAAUACAAUAUUUGUACGAAAUUAAUAACCAAUCGCAAUUCAAAAUUUCUGUUGUUGAUCGAUUCUAAUUGUUGUUAAACUAAAUUGAAGUGUUAAAUCGAAUAAGUACUUAUUCGAUUUAACACUUCAAUUUACUUUAUUUUUGACACAAAUUGAAUAGAAUUAAUGUGAACUUAAUCAAAAGAUUUUAGAUUGAGAGGUUAUUAAUUUCAACAUUAACAAGACUUUUUUUAGAUAAACUAAUAAUGACGGUUCACUCACGUAAAUUGAUGGAGAAAAGCUCUACUAGUUUCGAGUCACAGAGGGAGUCUUCAUCAUGAGUAGCGUGCGCAGACGCGGCGACGUCGCGGUAGACGAAACUAGUAGAGAUUUUUCUCCAUUAAUGUACGUGAGUAAACCGUGAUUUUUUAGUUAAUUUAGUAUGUAACGAUAGUUUUUAUAAAAAUAUUUUUUUAGAGGUAAUCGUAUCGUGUUUUUCUAAACCAUUAGGUACCACCAUCGACGUCUUACCCUAAUUAUCUUUUAAGCCAGGUCUUAAUGUUAGAAAGUAAAGAAGAACUAAUUUAAUUAUUAUGAUCGGCUUACUCACGUAAAUGUUUGUCGAGGAGCUCGACUAGUUUCAAGACAUACAAGAGGCUCAUAUUCAUGAACAGCAUUUCGCGACACACGACGCGGCAAUUGUCGCGCUGCUGAUGCAUUAAUUAUUAUGAUAAGCCGAUCAUAAUAAUUAAUUUAGUAUGUCUCACGAAAGUUACAAUAAACUCAUCAAUUAAGAGUAAGACAUAUUUUCUUUUUUUUACGAAGUGUUUGUAUUUUAGUUACUUAUAAGGCUCCGCAAGAGGUACUAUGGUGUAGGGUUGCCA